AUGUCUGAUUUCACCGAGAUCUCCAUUGCCAAUGCUACUCGCACCUCUGCCCUCGAAUUAAGCAGUCGAAGUGUCAUUCCCAGGUCGAUGGACAAUGAGAGCCAUGCUUCAGCAAGCCUCGCAUCUGGCAACAAGGACGAAGAUACAUUACCCACCUUUCCAUUCCUCAACCUACCAGCCGAGUUGCGAGUUCGAAUCUAUCGAUACCUCUUACACGCUCCUGAGAACACUAUAUCAGUAAAGGAAGGCUCUUCAUGGCCUGGAUGGGAAAUCCUGCGAACAAUCAGAAGUGCGCUUGUCGCUACCGACCCAUCGCGUUUUGGAGACUUGGGGACGUAUCGUGUUUGCUCCCGGAACAUACGCCCGGCUAUCUUGUCGCUGGAUCGACAAACCUACUCAGAGGCACGCCAAGUUUUCUACUCCGAGAAUUGCUUCUUCUUUCCCCACCACUCGCUUAUCAUAUCGUUCCUCAAAGACCGGCCUCAGGUUUCUCGAAGCCUCAUCAAAAAGAUUCGUCUCUGUCUCCGUAUCUCAGAUGACUUAUCAGAUAGUGCAGGCGGCAUGUUUCUCAAGGCGGCAUGCACCUAUAUGCGCCAGAAUCUAGAGCUGAAGCAGCUUACAAUUGACAUCUUCUCUGGUUCAUUCUUUUCAGGACUCAGAUGGCCUUGUCACCAAAGCUAUUUGGAUGCAAUUCAUGAACAGAGCUGGGUACAGUAUCUGGUCCCUUUCGUAGGGACGCUAGAUACCUGCGAACUUGUCGCAGAUAGAAAAUGUGGUGAUGGAUUGAUUCUUGCCGUCCAGAAGUUUUUGGAAUCGAAGAAUCCGCAGACGAGCAAGACAACGAUCCGCACCAGGACCUAUUGA